GCCGCUUCCUGAUUCAUGGUGCGGUUUGUUAUUGAGCGGAGCUCCUUUAAAUGUGAAGGGAAAUGUUGACGGUCGGAGUUGAAAAAGUUGAGAAAGAGGGCUCGAUUUUCGCCGUGGAGCAGCUGCUGGUACAGACACCUCGAAAAUGUCAGGAGCCCCUGAGCAGAACAGGAAGCGUCGUUCCUUCAAGCUGUUCCUGAUCUCGACCGACCUUCAGGUCCAGGACGAUCUGGAGGGACCCAUUCUGCUGAGCAGGGGGUUCAUCUGCCAAGAGCAGGACCAGGGCAGGACCCGAAAGGACGCCCUCUGGGUUAAGGUGUUGGACAAUGGACUCAUGGUGAAAAUAGAAAAGAAAUACUUGCUGGAAAUCUCAGCUGACCUCGUUGGACUGGUGGAGCCUGUGUCCGACCUGGACGUUCGACUAAACCUACUAAACAAUCCAGACAACCUGCGACAGCUGGCUUCUCUCCCCACCAAUGCUCCGCUGUGGGUCCUGAUCGGCGCUCAGGAUGAGCUGGCCGAGGCAGAACUCAAGUACAUCGGACCGCUCAGCGGAGGGAGCAGCGCUUUGUAUUUUGGAGUGGAGCUAAAGGGUACAGCAGUGGGUAGAGGAACCUGCAAUGGUUCCAACAAGGGCGUCCGCUACUUCUCCUGUCCCGAUGCCUGCGGCCUCUUCGUCCCCGUGAGCCACAUCCGCCUCCGCCACUGGUCCAGCAGGAACAGCAUCGACGCUCCGGAGAAAACCCGGGACCGUUCCCGCCGCACCAACCACGGCGUCAACGGCCACCGUAGCAACAACGAUCGCUCCAACCAGCCCCACCUGCGUCGCAUAAGCUUCAAUCACAAUCGCCCCAAGGCCCAGCUGCAGACGCAGGACAUGCUCUCGCGGACGGCCGAGUCGACACCCAUCGCCAUUCACAACAAUCCACGCGGCUCGUCGUCACCGCCACCGUUCCACAUCGGCCAGAGAGUGUGCGUCACCGUGGAUGGCAUUGUCCACGGCGGGGAGGUGCAGUUCUGUGGCGCACUGCCUGGCCGAUCUUCGACGCACGUCGGAGUCCUUCUGGAUGCUCCUGCUGGUAACUGGGACGGACUUUACAAGGAACAUAGGCUCUGCCACAUUCCCUGUCACCUCUACGGAGUGCUGCUUCCCGUCAGCAGCGUUUUUGCAGAACAAACAUCUCCUAAGCCCAUCUUGAAGCCAGCGUUGUCCCCUAAUCCCAAACAAUCCCCGACGUCACCAGCUCCUGCUCCCAGGCCGCCCCUGGUUCUGCCUACUAAACAAGCACUCAAGCCUCCUCUUCCUCCUCCAAAGCCUACACACAAACCUUUACUCACGCGCCCACUGCCGCCUCCAAAACCUCAAAACCUAACGCUAGUGUCAGCCUCGGAGCACACCAACGGUUCCCACAGCCCUUUAAGACCUGUAGACGACGAAGAGGAGAAUGAGGAGGGUGUAGAUGAUUACGGAGGAACGGGACUGGAGACGGAGCUGGAGGUCGGGUCGAUGGUCGAGGUGAACGACCCGCCGCUCUUCGGGGUUAUCCGAUGGAUUGGUCACUUGGGGGCCGUCAAGGAGCUGGUGGCAGGAAUUGAGCUGGAGCAGGAGCUGUCUGCUGGAACAGACGGCAGUUACCUCGGCGAACGCCACUUCCGUUGCCCCGCCAACAAGGGCCUGUUCGUCAAGCUUCGCAACUGCAGACGGGACUCCAGGUUCCCCGUCCCCGAGAAGCCCGUCAACCAAGUGGAGCGCUGCAACUCGAUAGCAUUUGCAGAUUGGGGAAGCGAGCGGGUGGACGAACACACUCCUCCGGUGGACGGGGACGAGGCCGGGCAGCUGUACGAAGGCUCAAAGAGAGGCAUCCAGGGUCACCUCAACUCCUGCUACCUGGACGCCACGCUGUUCAGUUUGUUCUCCUGCUGCAGCUCGGCAGACUGGGUGUUAUUUUGGCCAUCUGACGCCGAAACGAACCAAAGCUCCAAACUGGCUCAGGACCUGCUUCGCUGUGAGAUAGUCAACCCACUGAGAAGGAACGGCUACGUGUGUGCCAGUAAGACCAUGGCUCUGAGGCGCCUGCUGGAAGCUGCCAACAGCAACGCAGGGUUCACCAACCAGGAAAAAGAUCCCGAGGAGUUCCUGAACAAGCUUUUCCAGCUGCUGCGAGUCGAGCCGCUCCUAAAGAUCAGAUCAGUGACUCAGCAGGCUCAGGAGUGCCACCUCUACCAACUCUUUCCACCAACACUCCCUGCCUCUCCUGCGCCCCCCGUCAACUCGCCCAUCCCCAUGGCCUCACCCGCGUCCAUGAGGGUCGCCAGCGUUCAGUCCCUGCUGGAGUCCUCCUUCCUGCACGGCGGCCUCAAGUUUGCCGAGGCUCCCUCCUGUCUACUUCUGCUAAUGCCCCGGUUUGGGAAGGACUUCAAAAUGUUUGACGCCAUCUUGCCCACCCUCAGUCUGGAUAUCACAGAUUUGCUGGAUGACACUCUCAGGCAGUGCAGUAUCUGCCAGGCUGUAGCCGAGUGGGAGUGUGUGCAGUGCUACGAAGACUUGGACAUCACUCCCGGACAUCUAAAGCAAUACUGCCAGACGUGCAACACGCAGGUUCACAGUCACAGGAACCGCGCGUCGCACAACCCGGUCAAGAUCGCCGUUCCUCAGGGGACGUGGUCGGGCCCUCUGCAUCACACCCGCCAGCGGAUGUCUCUCUUUGCGGUGACGUGCAUCGAAACCAGCCAUUACGUCAGCUUCGUCAAGCACGGACCCCAGGCCUCCGACUGGUUGUUCUUUGACAGCAUGGCAGACCGAGAAGGUGGCGAGAACGGCUUCAACAUCCCCCAGGUGAGGGGGUGUCCCGAGGUGGGCCGCUACCUGGGCCUGUCGGAGGAGGAGCUGAGCAGGGUGGACGCCUCGUCUUUGAGGGAGUCGGCCCGGAGGCUGCUCUGCGACUCCUACAUGUGCCUGUACCACAGCCCAGAGCUCAGCCUCUACAAGUGAUAUGAAGACAACCAGUGAAGUGAAGUGAAGAAGAGAAGAAAAACACCCUGAAAAUGUUUUUCCUAUAAAAAGUGGGGGGGAAAAAAGAAACAAAUGCACUCACAAGAUAUGUAGCAAAAACAACCGACCUUAAACAGCAUUGAUUAUCUUUAUAAUGGGAGUUAUAUGUUGUUGUUUUUUUUUUUGGAGGGAGGGGGGGUUGCCUUUUGAACAAACAUGAGGAAGCUGAGCCUUAAUCACUCAGACCUUAUAUCUGUGUUUAAUCUGUUUCUCAAUGUGCAUACACUGUACAGAACCACUGUGCCUCUUAUAUGUGACUCAUGUAUACUUAAUACAGUUUGCACUGCUUUAUUUGAUUGUCAGUAAGUUUGUAUAUAGUAUGAUUGUUCUGAACUGACAGCUAAGAUGCACAUACACGUUUAACUUUUAUUCUUCAUGUGAUGUUUAGAUGUUGCAGCGUAUCACUGUGGGUAAUGUUUGAUAUAAUUAAAGCCCUAAGUUUGAUCUGUU